AUGGCCAAAGGCAAUGAUUCAGUAGUGUCUGAGUUCAUACUCUUGGGACUCACAGAUGAUCCUCAGUUUCAAUCCCUUCUCUUUGCCAUAUUACUGGGAGUCUAUUUGGUUAGUGCCCUGGGUAACCUUGGUCUGAUUGUCCUCAUCCAAGUCACACCUCAGCUGCACACACCCAUGUAUUUUUUCCUCAGCCACCUGGCUUUCGUUGACUUUUCUCUGACUUCCUCCGUCACACCAAACACGCUGGUGAAUUUUCUGCGCCAAGUGAAAAGCAUCACGUUUGACGCCUGCGCCCUUCAGGUGUGCUGUUUCAUCACAUUCCUGGUGUGUGAAGUGUUUUUGCUCUCCAUCAUGGCGUACGAUCGCUAUAUUGCCAUCUGCAACCCUCUGCUCUAUGUCAUCCUCAUGCCCCGGAAACUCUGUUAUCGAAUGGUCGCUAGCAACUACAUGUAUGGAGUUAUAAUAGGCGUAGCGCAGGCAUCAGUGACAUUCCGGAUGUCCUUUUGUGGUUCCCAUCUCAUCAACCACUUCUAUUGUGAUGAUGUCCCCUUGCUUGCUCUGGCCUGCUCUAACACUUACGUCAAGCAGAUGAUGUUAUUAACCAUCGCAGGAUUCAAUACCAUUUGUUCUCUUCUUAUUGUAACAAUUUCCUAUGUCUUCAUCCUUUUUGCCAUCCUGAGGAUCCACUCUGCUGAGGGAAGACGGAAAGCCUUUUCUACCUGUGCUUCCCACCUGACUUCCAUCACUAUAUUCUAUGGGACUGUCAUUUUUAUGUACGUUCUGCCCAAGUCAAGCCAUUCUCUUAACACGGAUAAAUUUGCUUCAGUGUUUUAUGUGAUGGUGAUUCCCAUGUUAAAUCCAUUGAUCUACAGCUUGAGAAAUCAGGAGGUAAAAACUGCCCUGAGAAAAAUAACAGAAAAGCUGUGCUUGGCUAUCAAAUAA